AUGUCCCUGCUCGAGUCUAGCACCGUUGGACGUACUUUCGCACAUGACUCGCUCUACAUGUACGCCGUCAUCCGCAUUGCCGGCGAUGCUGUCCAAGACACGGAUACAACGGCACUCCCGUGUCAUACAGAUGUAGACAAUGCACGUCGCACGUGUCAGUAUCAGAGCCUGGACGGGGUUAAUCUCGCAAAACCACACCCCAAGUGGCGCUUCUUCCCCCAGUUUUCAACAUGCCCACUCUGCGGAAAGCCUGCGCGACGAAAGACCUCAGAGGCCCGCGUUGGUCGCGGCGUCCACGUACCUACUAUUACCCCACGAAACGAGUCCUCGGCACACCCGCGCUUUCCUUCGCUAGAAUCCGUCCUUGGUCCAGGGCGUAAUCUACAGGAGACUUGGGUGGACUUGGAAGAUUUCACCAGACAUCGAGUGCGCGGUGACUUGAUCGUCAUGCGUGCGGGUACUUGGGUGUUCGUCACCGACGUUGGUGCACAGGCGCUGGCCGUCCGAGCUGUCCAAAAAUACCUCCGCAAGUGCAGCGAGGUUGUCGCCACUGCGACUGCGCGAGACUCUGACCUCACAGUGCGAGCCCACCGCCGAGUCGGUGCAGCGCCACUGUACGGCGGCGUCGCGGCGAGUGAAUUGGCCGCUCUCGGGCUCCAGUACGAGAGCGUCCGACCCUUCAAGCUUCGAAAUUCAGCUGCCGGCUCGAGGCUAGUUCGCAUGCUCGUCAAGAACUUGGGGGUGGGGAGACCCGUAGAUAUCGAGCAAUUCAUAUAG